GAUGACUACUACUACAUGAUGUGCAAAUUCAAGCUUUUCUUACCCGCCACAAUAAUCUUGAAGCCGCUGCGCUGCACCGCCACCCUAUCUUCGUUGAUCUCUUUCUCUACGUCUCUCUCGCUUCACGGAGAAGAAGAUAUACAACCUUUGUAUUUUUUUCUGAGGACAUAUGUCUAAUGUGGUCCGACCACGAAGCGCCCACCAAGUGUUCGAUAAAAUCACUAAAAGACGCCCACCUCGUCAGAGCUCAACAAACUACAACGCCCACAAACCUGCAUACAGACAGCGCCCCAAUUUGGUAGACGCAUUCGACUAUUUCGAACAAAACGAUAUCAUAAAAUCAUGGACAUUGAGAAUCUCGAGUUUAGUUCGGGAAAAUCGGUCCCGGGAGGCUGUAGAAGUGUUCAAAUUGAUGCUAUUCAAUGAGAAAAGGCUGAAUUUUGUGACGGUAUUAAGUGUCUUAAAGGCUGCUGGAUCACUUGGAUCAAAAGAUUUGACGUCUGGGAUUCAUGCUUACUCUAUGAAAAUGGGGUUGAUUGAGUCGCAGGUAGCUGUUGCUACUGCUCUUGUUGGCGUCUACUCUUCUUGGGAUAUGCCGAGUGCAUGGAAAAUAUUUGAUCAGACACCUAAAAGGGAUUUGGUUUUGUGCAGUGCAAUGGUUUCUGCAGCUGUGAGCAAUGGGGAGUAUUUGGAAUCCUUUAAGUUAUUAAAGGAAAUGGUUUUAACAGGUGUGGAACCAAAUGAUGUUACGUUUUCGAGUGUACUCCCUGCCUGUGCCGAGUUAGGUGCAUUAUGGCUAGGGAGAGAAAUUCAUGGUUAUUCCAUCAAAAGGUCAUUUGACAAUCAUACCAUUCUUCUCAAUUCGAUUUUGGAUAUGUACUCCAAAUGCAGGCAUUUGGAGGCAGCGAUAGAUGUUUUUGAGCAUAUGCAGAACAAGGAUGUCGUUUCUUGGAGGAUCAUAAUAAGGGGUUGCGUUGAAAAUGAGAGGCCGCGGAAAGCCUUGAAGAUUUUUCUGGAAAUGCUUGCUUGUUGUGUUCAAAAUGUGGAUGAACGUAUCAUCCAAGAAGUAUUUGGAGCAUAUAAACAAUUGGACGAGAAUUAUUGCAGGCAUGGAUUUCAUAGUCUUGUAUUAAAAAUGGGAUUUACUUCAAAUGUUCCUUUGGUGACUGAACUUCUUCAACUCUAUGCUAAAUUUGGCGAUAUUGAGUCAGCCAGAAACGUGUUUGAUCAUCUUAAGUGGAAAGAUGUUAUUGCUUGGAGCAGUAUGGCUUCAGUUUAUGCUCAAAGUGUACAGCCUUAUAUGGCAUUUGACAUACUAAAACAAAUGCAAUUGGCCGACCAGAAUCCUAAUGAUUUCACUUACGUUAGUUUAUUGCUGGCUUGUAGCUCACUUGAAGCUCUGGAGAUGGGCAAAAUGAUGCAUGCACAGAUAAUAAAAUAUGGAUAUUCAGCCAAUGCAUAUUUGACAUCUGCAUUGAUUGAUUUGUAUUGCAAAUUUGGGGAAAUAGGGAACGCUGAGGCUAUUUUUGAUGAAAAUACCACCAAAGAUUUUAUAUGUUGGAGUUCAAUGAUAAAUGGCUACACGGUUAAUGGCUGUGGAGAGCUGGUUCUUGAGUGUUUCUCAAAUAUGCUAUGUAAUGGAAUAGCGCCUAAUGAUGUUGUUUUCGUAUCAGUUCUCUCUGCCUGCAGUCACUGUGGGUUGGAGUAUGAAGGUUGGAACUGGUUCAAUGGGAUGGAAGCCAUGUACGGUAUCAAGCCCAAUCUUGCACAUUAUGCUUGCAUGGUGGAUAUGCUUAGUCGUCAAGGAAGUAUUGAGGAGGCUCUUGAAUUUGUAAAUAAUAUGCCAAUGGAACCCGAUAAACGGAUAUGGGGAUCUCUUCUUGCUGGAUGCAGAAACUCUCAUGGACCUAACGAAAUUUUGGAAGAUGUUGCCAAGAAACUGAUCAGUUUGGACCCAAAUAAUUCUAGCUACUAUGUCAUUCUCUCGAAUUUGUACGCAGACCAGGGUAGAUGGAAGGAAGUCGAGAAGUUGAGAAAUAUGAUGGACACCAAAUCGCUGAAGAAAGUUGUGGGUUAUAGUGCUAUGAACUAAAUCUUAUACAGAUACUGUGGUCAUACAGAUUGUAUUGAAACUACAUUUAGAUAAGCUCUUCUUUUGCUUCUAUGAAUAAUGAGAAGAGCCAGGCAUUUCUUGAUCAAAUGAAAGGUGCAAUUCUUGAAGUGCUUCUUGUUAGUGCCAAAGGCAUAGAUCGCGCCCAUAUU